AGACAGGCACAGAAUGGAAACAUUUUGCUCCAUAAUUUUAUACAUGUCAUAAUCCCAAUCCCAAAAUUGUAAACAGUAUAACAAUAAGCAGGUGAGCCAUGGCUAUGACAUGGAUAUCUCUGCAUCCACACCCUCUCCUUUCCAUCACUAAACCCAGACUCCCUCACUCUUCUCUUGCCAGCCAUAACUUAGCAGCUCCAUCUCUCUCCUUAUCCACACCCUUCACCACCAAAAGAGCCACUAUUCUUUUCCAAAGAAGAACUCAAAUUUGGAGACUUUAUGCUGCCCCUGAAGAAGCCUUGCCUUCAGAUACAGCAGCACUUGAGAGUGCCCAGAAAAUUGCGGCAACUAGUGAUGAUCCAACAGCCAAUAUUAUAUCUCUUCUUCUCUUCAUUGCCUUUGUUGUUUUGGCCAUUCUCACUGUUGGGGUAAUAUAUUUAGGAGUGACUGAUUUCUUAGGGAAGAGGGAGAAAGAGAAGUUUGAGAAGGAAGAAGCAGCUAAGAAGAAGAAGAAGGGUGGGAAGAAGGGAAAGGUAAGAGCAAGAACUGGACCAAGAGGAUUUGGACAGAAAAUUAAAGAAGAAGAUGAUAAUGAUGAUUCAUAAUUAGCAUAAUGCAAAAUGCUCUCUUUCUUGGUUGUUUGUUUUCAAUUGAUUCUAGUGAGCAGUGUAGUUUUUUGUUCAUAAAUCAUGGUUUAAUAUUGAGAAAUCAAAAGAAGAAAUGCAAAAUUGCCUCAAUUGGGAUCAGUUGAGCCUUUCAUUAAA